AUGGCGGACGAGGAGCCGGCUCGCGCGCCCGAUUCCAAGGACAGGCAACAGCAAUCCAAGGCGCUAGACAAGAUUACCGAUCAUGUGGAGGAGCGGCAGCUCGAUUCUACGCGUGUUCAACAGGUGAGUGGAAUUUUUUCUUCGAAAUCUAGCGAAAGUCUUAAUUUGCGACUGGAGAAAGAACUCGCAGCUGUGAAGAUAGAUCCAGCGCACAUUGACGUUAUCGCGAAUGAGCUCGAGGUAUUCUUUGCGAAGUUCUUCCAAAGAUCUCCUGCUCACUCUUGCAAAUUCUUCCAGAUUGAUAGGAAGAUCGCCGAGAGAACGCUGCGAGAGCACAAGGGAGACGCAGUAGCAGCACUUCGAUCAUUCCUCACUUGA